AUGAGGAACUUGGGGGCGAUCCUGAGGCACCCAGAUGAAUUUUACCCGCUUCUGAAGUUGAAAAUGGCGGCGAAAAAGGCGGAGAAGCAGAUCCCACCAGAGCCCCAUUGGGGUUUCUGCUACUCCAUGCUCCACAAGGUUUCGAGAAGCUUCGCUCUCGUCAUCCAGCAACUGGGUACCGAGCUCCGAAACGCCGUAUGUGUGUUCUACCUUGUUCUCCGUGCCCUCGAUACCGUUGAGGAUGAUACGAGCAUACCGACUGAUGUCAAGGUUCCCAUACUGAUAGCUUUCCACCGUCACAUAUACGAUCGUGACUGGCACUUUUCAUGUGGCACAAAGGACUACAAGGUUCUAAUGGAUCAAUUCCACCAUCUUUCAGCAGCCUUUUUAGAACUUGAAAAAGGGUAUCAAAAUGCUAUUGAGGAUAUUACUCGAAGAAUGGGUGCAGGAAUGGCCAAGUUCAUUUGUAAGGAGGUAGAAACAAUUGAUGAUUACGAUGAAUACUGCCACUACGUUGCUGGACUGGUCGGUUUAGGUUUGUCAAAGCUUUUCCUUGCCUCGGAUUUGGAAGUUCUGACUCCAGAUUGGGAGCAACUAUCCAAUUCAAUGGGUUUAUUUCUACAGAAAACAAAUAUUAUUAGAGAUUAUCUCGAGGACAUUAACGAGAUACCAAAAUCACGGAUGUUUUGGCCUCGCCAGAUAUGGAGCAAAUAUGUUGACAAGCUUGAGGACUUGAAAUAUGAGGAAAACUCGAACAAAGCAGUGCAAUGUUUGAAUGAUAUGGUCACUAAUGCAUUGACACACAUUGAAGAUUGCUUGAAGUAUAUGGCUUCGUUGCGAGAUCCUGCCAUAUUUCGAUUCUGUGCCAUCCCUCAGAUCAUGGCGAUCGGGACACUUGCAUUAUGCUAUGACAACAUAGAAGUUUUUAGAGGCGUAGUGAAGAUGAGGCGUGGUCUGACGGCUAAAGUCAUGGAUCGGACGAACACAAUGACUGAUGUCUAUGGUGCGUUCUACGAUUUUUCUCCCAUGCUGAAAACAAAGGUUGACAAGAACGAUCCGAAUGCCUCAAAGACCCUAAGCCGGAUUGAAGCUGUCCAGAAAAUCUGUAUAGACUCUGGAGCUCACAAGAGAAAAUCUUUCAUCACCGAUGAAUCACGAUUCAACCCUCUCACUAUCGUAAUGCUCAUCGUUAUACUGGCCAUUGUCUUGGCAUAUCUCAAUCCAAACCAACAGAAGGAGUAACCGAUAACUUUUUCAGUUUUCAUGGGAAUUGAAUCUAUUCGAAGAUCAUGGAUGGAUGACCGGAGGCAACUAAGUAUGCUUGCCUGAAUCCGAAGAUACCAUGAACCAAGUUGUUUUUUUGUGUUCCUCAUGUUUUUUUUUCAGAGUUUUGUGAGGGUAAAAGUUCAGAUUAAGGUACUUAUUUUCUUCCCCUUUUUGUUAUGUACUUUGAAGUGAUACAAUCUUUAACAAGCUCGUGAUUUUCUAUUGGUAUUGUCCAUUCAACGCAAAUA